AUGUCUUCAUUUUUCACGGUACCUGCAUCGCAGCGCAAACGCAAGAGAGACGAUCGAAAUGCUGCUCCGGCAACCAAAAAGCGAGGCGUCGACGCAAAGAAUGAUACUCAAAAAGUUCAACGAAGCCAGGAACGAGAAGAACGAGGGGAAACCGCUGCAGACCGCCGUUUGAAACUUGCGGAGCGAUAUUUGGAAAACGUGCGCGAGGAAGUCGAUGAGGUUGGAUUUGAUGCAGCAGAAAUUGAUCGGGAUCUCAUUGCCGAACGAUUGAAAGAGGAUGUGGACGAAUUCAAAGGACGGACCUUCCGACAGAUCGCCUCAAAACUCUCUUUCUCUACAGCCUCGCAUUCUUUUUUCCGCUCUGAUACCCAAACGAUCACUUCCGUUGCCGUCCAUGCGCCUUAUGCGUAUACCGUUUCGAAAGACAAAGUUCUGACCAAGUGGGAAUUGGCUACACCCAGUGUGCCUGGAGCGAGUGACCAAAAUGAUUCUUCUAAGCGACCACGACCGCAACGUAAGAAGCCUAAGCGUGUUGCAUAUGCGCGUGGCUUGCGGAAGGUUGCUGAAACGGGCGAGGAGCAUGGACAUACCGCUAGUAUCUUAUCUGUUGCCGUUAGUGCAUCGGGAAGAUUUGUCGCUACUGGUGGCAGUGAUAAAAAGCUCAUCAUUUGGGAUGCCGAGACACUCACCCCUAUGAAAACAUUCACGCAACACCGGGACUCCGUGGGAAGUCUCGCUUUCACGCGACACAUUUCAACUAUGAGCUCAGGCGAGCAAUUAUUUAGUGCCAGUAACGACAGAACGAUCAAGACCUGGUCAAUCAGCGGAGCUGGUCAUGCAUAUGUUGAAACGUUAUUCGGUCACCAAGAUCAUGUCACCGGUGUCGCAGUGAUGUCCCUAGAUGAGUGUGUUUCCGUUGGUGCCAGAGAUCGAACUGCGCGUUUUUGGAAGGUCGUCGAGGAGUCACAACUCGUGUUCCGAGGAGGCGCUUCCAAGCAUGCGCCUUACCAUGAAACUACCAUUGACUGCAUUGCUCCUUUACCCCCAGCUCACUUCGUCACUGGCUCCGAUUCCGGAUCCAUCUCACUCUGGUCUAUGCACAAAAAGAAGCCCUUAUUCACAAUCCCUUUGGCUCAUGAUGAGCUGUCUCCCGAAGUUGAUAAGGAAACUGCUGCCCAUAAUGCCCGCCACAUGCGCCCAAUGCCUCGCUGGAUCACCGCUCUUGCCACGCUACCCGGUACCGAUGUUGUUCUGAGUGGAAGUUGGGACGGAUUCAUCCGCGCUUGGCGCAUCUCGGAUGAUAAGAGGACUAUCAUUCCGUUAGGGCCAGUCGGCACUGGCUCUCUUGGCCAGGGAAGCCCAGAAACCCCGUCCAAACAGCUUAACAAGUCUCUCAAUCACGAGAACACCCCUGAUGCUGACGAAAUGGAUGCCGAGACAUCGACCUCUCCAACUGAUGAAUCACAACCUCUUAUCAAGGGUGUUGUCAAUAGUAUCGCUGUUUUCGAGCGCCGACCAGAAGCGCCCGAGGCGGGUCAAAUCGGCACCAAGCCUUCCAAGUCUGACGGUGUUGCUCACCAACCUCGUGGCCUCUGCAUUGUUGCAGGAGUCGGCAAGGAACACAAGCUGGGUCGUUGGCACUGCUACGCAAACAACUAUGAUAAGGGCACCUCGUCUGGUGGCCGUAAUGGUGCAGUGGUAUUCGAAGUCCCAUUCACCUCCGCCUCGGCGGUUGAUGUAUAA